CGUUUAUUUGGAAGGUUUUGAAAUGGCAAUUGAAUGUUGAAAGUGUUGCUGGGAUCUCAUUUGGUUGUGUAGUUUGUUUUUAUUUUUUAUUUAUUUAAAGCAGGCAAUGUGGAUGGACAUUUUUGGGGAGCAGGUCCUCAACUUCAAAAAUAAAAUGGCAACCUUUGCAUUAAUUACUCACGAAUUUAAGACUAAACCUGAGUUCUGAAGCCACUUUAGUCCUCCUGCUUUUGCCCUGGACCAGACCACGAUUCCCGGCUACACUGAGGAAGAAAUUGUCUUUACCAGGAGCCAUGGCUGAAAGAAUUGAGGAAGAGCUCCGCUGUCCGACCUGCCUCAACAUCUUUAAAGAUCCUGUCAUGCUGAAGUGUAGUCACAGCUUCUGUCGCGCGUGCGUGAAGCAGUGGUGGAAGCAUAAACAAGCCCGUUCGUGUCCAGUUUGUAGGAAAAGUUCUCUUCCGGUGGACGUAUCUCCUAAUUUGACACUGAAGAACGUGUGUGAGACCUUUACAAAAGUCUCUGUGGAGACAGAGACCAUGUGCAGUUUGCACGGGGAGAAAAAGAAGCUCUUCUGUUUGGACCACCAGCAGUGCGUGUGCCUCAUCUGCAGAGAUGCACAAAUCCACUCUGGCCACAAGUUCUGUUCCCUCGAUGAGAUUGUGCAAGAGCAUAGAGAGAAAUUCCAGAAAUCGUUGCAAAAAGUGAAGGAAAACCUGGCAGAGUUCACUGAGAUCCAAAACAACUGCAGUGAACAAGCAGAGUACAUCAAGGUCCAGAAGGACCUGGUUGAAAGCAAGAUUAAGAAGAACUUUGAGGAGCUUCGCCAGUUUCUGGAGGUGGAGGAGCAGGCCAAAUUGGCUGCUCUGAGGGAGGAAGAGCAGAAGAAGAGUCACAUGAUGAAGGAGAAGAUGGAGGCUCUCAACAGAGACAUGGCCACACUCUCCGACAUCAUUAGUAGCACAGAAAAGUGGGUGGCCUCUGACCACGUUUCCUUUAUGAACAACUACCAGGUCGCAAUGACCACGGUCCAACAGUUGCCUGACAAGCCCGUGCUGCCCCCAGGAGCUCUGCUGGAUGAAGUCAAACAUCUGGGCAACCUCAAGUUCACCGUGUGGUUCCGAAUGAAGGAGACGGUGUCCUACAGUCCUGUGAUUCUGGACCCAAACACAGCCUCACCGCAUUUCAAUCUGUCUGAAGAUUUGACCAGUGUGAAUUUUAACGGCGAAAAGCGGUGCCCAAUGAAUCCAGAGCGGUGUCAGUACUGGAACCGUGUCCUCGGUUGCGCUUUGGACCCGGGAACACACAUCUGGGAUGUCGAGGUGGGAGACAACAGGGACUGGCUAGUGGGGGUUGUGGGGGGGGACUCUCGUUUGCCACAUAGCUCCUUUGUAUGGGGCAUUAAGUUUAAUGAUGACAAAUACCAAAUUUUGUCACUACCGUAUCCAGCCAAGAAUCUGAGGGUCAAAGUGAAAGUGCAGAGGGUCCGGGUUCGUGUAGACACCGACACGAGAUCCCUUUCAUUCUCGGAGUCUCAUACAAACACUGAAUUAUACACGCGCAACCACAUUCCCAAUUGGCCAAAUUUGUCUGGUAACGCCACAAUGUAUCCUUACUUUUACACUAAUAAUGAUAAAGGGCCUCUGAAAAUAAUACCGCUUACGUUUUGCGUUAUGACCCAAAAUCCCAAAUAAAUUAAAAUCAUGAAUUCUGAAAUCUGAUGUCAUAAUGUGUGAAAUAUAUUCUACCACAAUUAGAGAAAAAAAAACAUGUAAAAUUCAUUAAAGGUCCCCUUCCAUCAUUUGUUGCCAUUUUAUUUCAUAAUCUUUGGUGUCCUUUUAUCAGGUUUGUAAAAUAAUUUGUUGUGGAACAUUUUGACACAUUUUCACCGAUGUUAUGGAUACAAGUAGAAAAUAAAAUGGAUUAUGAUGGAAGGGCUCCUUUAAGGAUUUAGACUACAUAAGAAAAACUAUCCAAGCCUGGCCCCUUUCAACAGCAAGGGGGACAGGCGGGGGAUUCAAACUAACGAGCCAUCCCUCGGGGGACCCAACUAGAUGGACGCCACCCACGCUGUCACGAGGGUAAUGACAGAUGUCAAUAACUACACAUUUACUAUUAUUUUAUUGUACUUGUGAAAUAAAUACAUCGGAUGGAUAAAUUUGUAGUUUCUUUAGGGGGGGAGUUAGAGAGAAUGGUCAGUAUGUGGUACCUCACUAUAUUGAUAGUGGAUAUAAAAGUCUACACCCCCCUGUUCAAAUUAAUUUAAUUUCAGUGGUCAGUGAUGUGGAUGGUGCCUUGCCGUAACGUCCUUGGGUUUUUUGUCACAGAUCAAUUUUCAUUAUACAACUUCUUUUUUUAAGUCAAAUUUUGGUAAAAAGCAUUAUUUUCUUGUCAGUUGGAAAGUAAAGCUAUUUUACGGAUUAGAAAUAAUUAAAACUACCUUGAAUCCACUCUAAAAAUGGAACCACAAUGCAACAGUGCACAUCAUUGUACUACAGAAAAAAGCUGAGAAAUUUGAAAUCCCCAACACACACACACACAAUGCUCAGUGAGUUCUACAGUGAGAAGCAUCCUGAAAAUGGCAUCAUAGCAUUGUUUACAGUAUUGGAACUGUACCAUGCCGGACAGGAAGGUUCUCAAGUAUGUCAUUAAAAUCAUACAACACAUUUUUGGAGCAGCAGCACACCACUACAGCAGGUUUCCAGAACAGGAUCAGACUGCACACACCCAUUAGUUUUCUAACUUACAUCUUGCAUAGCUCAACUAAGAGUGGGGGAAAGGCAAGAGUACACAAAGAACUGACAGCCAGCCAAUCGCAGAUGGGAGAAAAGCUGGCGUUUUUACUUGCAAUUCCUCCGAAAGUUGAUGAAUGUGAUUUGUGCCCGCGAUUCACUUGCCAUGCUGUCUGCUGUCAGACGUUUUUCCAAAUAAUGAUCUUUAAACCACACUUUAUGGUUUUGAGAUUUUCCAAAGGUUUGAGUCAGUUUGCUUUUGAAAACAUGGAAGAAGAUUCAUUUUUCAAUAGUUUUGAUCAUUUUGACUUGUUCUAUGAACAUUAGCUUAUGUGGCUUGUCAUAAUGAAGUGAUAUUGUCAAAAGUAUGCAUAUUUGUCAUAGGUCAACAUGUUAUGCAAUGAAUGCCUGCAUCUUUGCACAUUACUGGAUAUGCAGUUUC